AUGUGCAGUAAGGAUCAGAUUACACAUAUCCUUGGGAAGAUCAAUGUGGGUCUCCCGUCGUGGUCGCGCGGUCUGGAGGCGGCGGAGGCUGCGCGCGCUCGGCUGGUGCGCUGGGCGUGCGGCGACCCACCAGCGGAGCCCGACCCUCCGCGCAAGAAGAUGCCGCACGCCUUGCGACGCAAGUGGCCCAUGUGCCCUUGCCUACACAAUGAUGAACCGCCCGAGAUCACCUAUUGCGUGGUGGGCGGCGAGGGUGGUCUGGCACUGCAGGCCGUUACACCCACACACCCUAUGCCCUCGCAGGAUGAACUGGACGCGAAGUUCGCUGAACUUGUGGAGGAAUUGGACCUAACAGCGGUAAACAAGGCGGCGAUGAUGGAGCUACCAGCCGCCAAGAAGUGGCAGAUCUACUGCAGCCGACGACCACCACCAGGGCAAACAGCCGUACUUGCGACAGCACCGCAAGUCGAGGAGUACAUCAAAGCACUUAACGAGAUUGCUGACGCCUUUGCCUCAUCAGAUGGCAUCCCACCGACGGAAGCUUGUGCUCUGGUAGACGGCUUGAAGACAGCGCUUCGAACGAGGGCCCAUAGCUUCGUACUCCGGUUCAUUAAGCAGGGCGGUCUAACUGCUUUGCUGGAAGCACUCCAGAAGGCACCGAGAGACGACGCUAUCACCAGGCAUAAUUUAAUAGCCGGGAUAAAGGCUCUUAUGAACAACUCGACUGGCCGAGCUCACGUAUUAGCUCACCCUACAAGUAUCGACUUAAUAGCACAGUCUUUGGACACUGAAAAUGUGAAGACUAAAGUAGCAGCACUUGAGAUACUCGGCGCCGUCUGUUUGGUACCUGGGGGGCAUAAGAAGGUGCUAGAAGCAAUGAUUCACUACCAGAAGUACGCUGGUGAAAGAGCGCGCUUCCAAGGCAUCGUGAACGAGCUGGACCGCAGUACGGGCGCAUACCGCGACGACCUAGGCCUGAAGACCGCCAUCAUGUCCUUUGUGAACGCAGUUCUGAACUACGGACCUGGUGAAGAGAGCCUGGAGUUCAGAUUGCAUUUAAGAUAUGAGUUGCUCAUGUUGGGCAUACAGCCUGUAAUCGAGAAACUACGCAAAUACGAGAACGAGACCCUCGACCGUCACAUCGAGUUCUUCGAGAUGGUCCGGACGGAGGACGAGCGGGAACUGUCCCGACGCUUCGACAAGCAGCACGUCGACACCAAGAGCGCGGCGGAGAUGUUCGACUUGUUGCGCAACAAGUUGAGCCACACCGCCGCCUACCCGCACCUGCUGUCGAUGCUCAGACACCUGCUGCUGCUGCCGCUGGAAUACAAUCCCCACGCGCAGCAUUGGUUGCUACUGGAUCGUGUAGUGCAGCAAGUUGUGCUGCAACAGCCAUCCGCCGGCAGCCGAGCGAGCAGCCACCAAGGCGACAGCGAGGAAACUACAAAGCUCUACGACCCUGAUGUUGCUCCGUUAGAGAUAAACGUAGCGGAGAUAGUGCAUCUGUUGGCUAAAGAGGAAGAACUCGUGGCCGCUAGGAGUAAAGCUGACAAUCUAGAAAAAGAAAAUGUGGACCUGGCUACAGAGCUAGCGAAGAAGGCCCAGGGUACAGGUUAG